AUGAAAAUAAGCCAACUGCUUGACUCAGAAGUUGACCAAAAUGAAAUUGAAUCAAAAUACCUAUGAUAUUUAACGCAAAAAUCAAGCAAUCGAAUUAAUCUCUCUGCAUUUACAAUAGAUCUUUCUUGGAGCAGCAAGAAUCUUUAUAUAUCUCCUAGGAUGGCUCUUCCUAGCAAUCAAAUUUAUGGAAUUGGGAAUUAUACCUUAAGUGAUAAUUUCCAAUCCGAAUUAAUCGUGGAUGAAAAUUCCAACAUAAAAACAAUACAAGGUCCAAAGAGAAAGGAUAAAUAUUGCAAUUUUUUUACCUCUUGCUAUUAUGAUGACUCAAUUUUGACUUUUGAAUGCAAUUUUGAUAAAUCUAGCAGCACCACAAUACAAUUAGCUAAAAAGUAUUUAAUUUCAAUGAAUAAAUGGGUCUGCUUGUGUCCUUUACCUUCAGAAUCACCAAUUUCUUGCAUAGGAUUUAAUCAAAAAAUUCUCAUUGUCGUUGAAAGUUAUAAAAAAUAUGGGAUAUAUUUAUAUGAUAUAAUUCUGGAUUCUUAUACCUAUGGCAUUCCUGUUAGUGAUCUUGAGAAAAAACAUUUAAAAACAUUGGUUAAAAGCAAAGGGAAAAUUUAUUUAAUUAUUCUCUAUAGUAAAUUUUAUGAAAUUUAUUCCACUGACGAUCCUUUGUCAGAGUGAGAUUUCGUUUGCUGUUUCCAGGAUUGUUUAGUUUAUUUAGGUUUGAGUGCUAGAACAUUUUAUGAAGGUUCUAUUUAUUAUAUUAGAGAAAACUCAUAUUUAUAUGAGUUUAAGUUGUCAAAUUAUAAGUCAAAAGCAAUACAUUAAUAUGGCGGAGGUGGCCACCCGACCUCUUGACGCAAUUCUCAACACCUGCAGGGAACGCCCAGGUGGAGGAACCAAGUCGAUACAGGUCCGGCAUCCUUAGUGUAUACCGGAAGAGGUUUUCUCCGUGCCACAGGGUAUGAUACCUGGGACAUGGGGUUUUUUCCUCCUGACAUGAAGUUGGAAAGGGCGUAGUCGGCCAUCGUCCCCGAGAUUAGGUAUAGUGAACUACACUGACUGGCACGGGGUGCUUUUGGCUCGAAACUGAGCCAAAAGCCCCGUGCCAGUCAGUGUAGUUCACUAUAUGAUCCUACUCGAAUUAGGGACCCUGAAGACAGCAGGUGCCUAGCGUGAAACUGGGAGUUACGCCCCAGGCUUCAGCCGAAAGCGAAUGGAUGCCCCAGGAGCAAGUCAGGUAGACUAACUUAAGCAAGGCAGACAGUGUUAGUCGGGGGCCCUUUAAUGUGGUGACGAACUUGUAGAGGUGAAAAUCCUCACUCACGGAAGGGGGUUAAUUUUUUAUUUUAAAAAACAAUUUAUAUAUAAAUUUUAUAAAAAAUAUUUUUUUUCGAAAAUUUAAAAAAAUCCUAAUUCUCAAAAAUUGUAAAGCAAAUAUUAAUUUAAUUUGUAAAAUUUAUGUUUUAAAAAGCAAUUUGUUUAAAAUGAAACAGAAUUAGCUCUAGAUUUCAUUAUACUAAUUAUCAUUAUAUAUAAAUUUUUUUUCCAUAAAAAAUUUUUGUUCACUCACGGAGGGUGGGUUUUUGGGCAAAAAAUAGCGAUUUUUCUAAUAGUUUUGUUCACUCACGGAGGGGAGGGGGGAGUCAUCCGUGUUUAAAGCAAACGCCCAUAAUCUAAUCUAAUCUAAUCUAAUCUAAUCUAAUAAGUCAAAAGCAGUUGGAGACUUAAGAGAAGUUUAUGUUAAUCAACAAAUUCAAAAAUUGUAA